CUUUUUAUUCAGCGAUUCGACCGAGACACCGUUUCAUGCACGGUUCGGUAGACCUUCACCUCGAAUGAGUGCUGAGUGGCAUCGGCAUGUUGUAAUCCGCGAAGAAAACUUUGGUCUCACUUUGACGUAGCGACGAACUUGUUGCAAGGAAACAGAAAUUAGGCCGUGAUUAUCUGGUUAAUGCCUAUUUGUUUGUGUAUUCGCGAGUCGGGUGGUUGUUUGUGACGUCAUAUGUGUACGAGGUGAAAUAUCUUUGUGUUCAUGUGUACCUUUGAUAUGAUAAAAGUUUAUCAACAAUUGAUAGCUGCUAUGGUUUAGAUUGCACGUCAUUUCGUAUUUGUGUGAAAUUUAGUUUCCCAGAAAAAACUGUGCAGUGUGUGUCUUUUACGAGAAAAUUUGAAAGUUUUAUGCCCCGCGCCCGGGAAGAAAUGCAAGUAAACGUGGCGGGCCUAAGGAGAAAUAUUAAAAACCUCGCGCACAACUAUUCCGAUGCCCAGGUAAAAGUGCGCGAGGCAACAUCAAACGAUCCAUGGGGCCCAUCCAGUACUCUGAUGGCGGAGAUCGCCGACCUCACAUACAACGUGAUGGCGUUCACCGAGAUAAUGCAGAUGAUAUGGAAACGGUUAAACGACCACGGCAAGAACUGGCGGCACGUCUACAAAGCUCUAGUCCUGAUGGAGUACCUCAUCAAGACAGGUAGCGAGAAAGUGGCGAUGCAAUGCAAGGAGAACAUAUUUGCGAUACACACGCUUAAGGAUUUCCAGUAUAUGGAAGAAGGGAAGGACCAAGGUCUAAACGUGCGGGAAAAGGCGAAACAGCUAGUGAAUCUUCUGAAAGACGAGGAACGGUUGAAGAAUGAGCGGGCGCGCGCCCUUAAAGCGAAGCAGAGGUUCGCGCAGAGCGCCAGCGCCUUCGGCAGCGACGGCGCGCUCGACACGCCCUCCAGCCCCACCUACCCGCCGCUGAGCAGCAGCGAGCCGGCGGAGUGGUCGGGGCGCGAGGCGGAGCUGGCGCGGCCGCUGACGGCGGGCGAGGAGGAGCUGCAGCUGCAGCUCGCGCUCGCCAUGUCGCGCGAGGAGGCCGAGCGGGAGGAGCGCCGCCGCCGCUCCGACGACGUGCGCCUGCAGCUCGCCAUCAGCCAGUCGCAGAACGACUUCCAAACUACAGGCGUGGAGCCCAAGCAGCCGGAGCAGCAGUCGCAUCUGCUGGACCUGCUGGACGUGAACCUUUCCCCAUCGGCCGGGCCCCCUGUGGGCGGGCAGGCCCCCGCGCCGCUCGACCCGUGGGGCCUGCCCUCGCCGCCCGCGCACGUGCCCCCUGCGCACACCGCGUGUUUACGUUUGGACCUCCGUCCAGCUGUGGAUACUAUGGACACGUCGCCGGACGGCUGGUCGGGCGCGCCCAGCCCCGCGCGCGACCCCUGGGCGCCCGCCGCGCCGCGCGACCCCUGGGCGCCCGCAGCCUUGCAGAACAAGUCUCCACUGUCGAUCCUGUCGUCUCCGUCAUCGUCCGAGCUGGAGCAGUUCGACGCGCUCUCGCAGCGACCGCGCACGCAGCCGGAGAGCGACCCGUUCGACCUGUCCGCGCUGGGUGAUAGCUUGACCCCGAAGCCGGUGUCUCCCCCGAACACUGGCGCCAUUAAGAAAUCCCCCUCUGCCUUCCUCGGAGAGAACUCGUCACUCGUGAACCUGGAACGUCUGCUGCAGCCCGUCGCGCCCGACCCCCCCGCACCCAACCCCUUCGCGAAUGAGCGACCCCCAGCACCCGUUAAAUUAUCGAUCAAUGAAAUCAAACAGCAACAAAUGGGCCUCAACACGGGGCUUUCAUUCCCAAGCGCAUCGCCUGCCUUUGGAGCCCCUCUGGCCGCUGCGCCGCCUCUGGUCGGGGGCCCCUUGCCGCCGCUGUCGGGCCCCCAUGCGCUCGGGGCCGCAGCGGAUCCCUGGGCGCCGGCGCGCGCCACGUCCCCCUGGUCGCCGCCCGCCACCAGGCACACUCCAAAUCCCUUUCUAUCCUAGCCACAGCUCUCAGUAGACAGGCAGCUCACAGCCACGCUUGAAGGUACCGUUUGGUAUGAGACCGAUGGUACACAUGCUUCAUUGUUUCAUCAGUGCAUAAACACAAGUUUGUAACGAGUGUUGCCAAUUGAAAACACUUUUUAUUUUAUUAAAAUUCCACAGCAAUAAGAAUUAUAUAUAAAUUGACCAAUUAAUUAUUAAAGUAAGCUCGGAGUUCAGCUAGCUGGUUUGUGUGUAAGGAUGGAACAAUAAACUAAUUUUACAAUGACACUUGACUGUCAAAUCGCUCACGGAAGUGUAGCCGUCGGUCGCUUUCUUCUAUUUAGAUUCAAUCUAAUAACUAAUCGAUCAAUUCAUUUAUGUCAAUGAAUAAUUAUUACUCUAAACACUAUAUGUAAAAUUGUCAAACUAAUAUUUUUAAAAAGACAAAUGACGAUAAACAAUAUAUUUUUUAAUUAACAAAAAUAAAUUAAAUUUCAUUUUUAUCUUUAUAAUCAUUAGAAAAUGACAAUUCUGUAAAUAGUGUUUGCACGUCUUUAUUAAAAAAAAAAAAUAAUAAUAUAUAUUUUGACAAGAUUAUUUAUAAUCGUUUUUUAUUUUAUCUUGCGAGUGGUGUAUUUAAAUUUAGUGUGUAACAUAAAACGUGAAACUAUUGUGGUGAUAGGUUUAAAUUAAGGUAUAUGAGGAUAGAUACGGUAUAUAAUAUAAAUGAACGAUACAUAGACUGGGUACCGCUGUCGCGUAGACUGGACGCGUUCAGAAAUACGCGGGACAUAUUAAAAUACUAAUUUAAAAAUAUCACAAAUAUGUUUUUAAUAUUUUUUUUCUAUGUAUUCGUAAAAUAUCGUAAACUUUACAUGAAAAAUAAAAUAUAACAUUUUAGGUGCUAAAAAUAAGCAAAUAUACCUAAAUAAACAAAUCGUAACAGUAUUAGUAUUAUGUAAAAUGGAAUAAAUACGUUUGUCACGGUUUCUGAACGCGCGAGUAGAGUAGCAUAGACAGUUAGAAUAGUGUUAGUGAGUCUGUGGACGAUAUUUCCACCACAAUCGAUAACACCAAUUGAAAUAAUUUAUUAUCUGUAGUUGUAGAAAAUUGUGGCGGGAAUAUAUUCCACGAGCUCGUUAAGACGGCUGUUUAAGGAAUUAAUGUAGUUGUUAAAGGAAUUUCACAGUGCAGUGUAUUACGAUUAGAAUAUUAUUAGUUUUAAAUUCGAUUCCAUUGGUGUUUUCUCAUCACAAGCAACCGUUAAUAUUAUUAAUUAACGUGAUAGGAAAAGUAUUCUAAUCCAAUAUGUUAUGUUACUACGCUUUAUAUAAUUUUUUUUAUGUCAGUAAAUAAUAUCUCUGUACGAAAACUAGUAACCUCUCAUAUCUGGAUUGGAAAUCAAACAAACCAGAAAAUGCAUAUGAAAAGUCGAUAUAGAGAUUAUAUGAUAAUCUAACAUGAAUUUGUAAGAAGACUUUUUGACUUACAUAAUAUGUAAUCUGUAUUAUAUUGUUUUUAUUUUGACUUUUUUUUAAUUAUCUUUUAUUUAAUUAAUGUACAAAAACGAAUAAAAUAUUAUAUAAUAGAUUGUGAUUGCAGUCUGAUUUGUAGUAAAUUGUGUUGUAGUCACCAGUGUGACGUAAAUUUAAUUAAUAAAAUUAUUUGUAAAUGUAAUCAUGAUUUAUAUAUUUAUAUGGCAUUUUUAAACUGUUCUUAAAUGUUAUCAACGUUUACAAGCAGAUACUCUUAAAUGUAACGAGUAAUAGCUGCACUGUGAAGGUCCGGCCGGUCCACAAUCGCGGGCUACGUCGUGAGGAGUGCAAAUCGUGCCUUAGAUAACAUUUUAUUGUGGUGUCGAAGCUCAGUCUGGGCUCUGUGCUGGAGGACUAACUGAACACGCGACUUUUGAUUAACGGUUUUUUUUAUUUAUAUACUUUACAUAAAUUUCAUUCUAAUUUAUUUGUAAACAAAUACGUGUUGGUUAUUUACUAUCGUGUUCCCUUAAACUAUGAAAAUGUAAUAAAACUUUUGUGACGAAAGUCGUCUCCAAUCCUUGGUAUUAACUCGAACAUGUGUAUAAUGGAAUACAAAGAUCCUCCGCACGAAGCUGUCGAGACUUCGAAGUUAACUAUUAAUUAAUUCAGCAAUCGGAGAUAAGUCGGGCUGAUUAGUCAGGUGGCUGUAAUGAUAGAUGUUAAUAUUGUGUUUGAACUUUAUUUACGUGAAAAUGUCGCCACCUGUCUAUUGUGGUCGUCAACUUGCACGCAGAUCAAACUACAUUAAUCUACAUGAGUCUGGGGCCUUUUUUGGGUCUGUUGACUGGUAUUGGCUGUAUAAGGUGUUUGGUCUGCGCGCAGCUCAAACCGCUCGUCCAUUUUAUCGAACUUGCCUUGCCUGAACACCGAUGUAGCAAUAUGCACCUUCUUACGACACUCGUCAUAAGUGUCAAUCUUGUAUAAACUUGUGUCUCGAGUCUUUUUAAAAUCAUUAAUAUAUAGGAAUCGUUCUUGUUUAUCAUUUUGAUAUCAGCAUGACUAGUUAUUAUUAAUUUGGAGGCUAAUCACGCUAUCGGCACGCCGGCAUGUCGUGUAACUUUUUUAGGAUUUUUUGUCGUUUAGCGAAUUAAUUAUGAUAUUCGAAUGAGACAGGGCCGAGGCGAGUUCGCGACUAAAAAAUUGUCCAAAUCCGCUUUAUUACGUUUCUUGCGUACAAAAUAUUCCAUUUUAUAUGUCUAUAAGGAAAACCCUCAUUUAUGUAGAAAAUUCUAUGUUAUGGCAACACUGAGUAUUGCUUAUUGUAUUUUUGUGAUCACAGGUGUUUGUAUACAUAGCAGGUGUUGCCAGAGCAGAGUGUAUCGUUGUUGAUACUGACUACGAAUUCUAUACGGAAGCAAUAAUGUCAUUUUUACACUGGCAACAUAUGACUAAUGUUCUUUUUUUCGCUUUAUUCUUUUAACUAGCGAUUCAAAUAUUAAAUGGUUAUUAUUUGUAUCAAUUAUGUAGAUAAAUUAUUUUUAAUAUAUUAAUUUUGACCAAUAAAAUGCAUCGAUGCUAAUCCAACGUGUCACAGUAGCUAGGGAGAACUGUAAAGAUUUAAUGUAACUAUUUAAUUAAAAUAUAUAAGUUUUUCAAU